CUAUUCGAAAACAACGAAAGUGUCGAAACACGUUUCGCGUGUACGGCUCGCGCCAAGGGGGUUAACCGAACGAAAACAUUUCUUCUGAUUCGUAAAAGGGUGCGCGGCGUGGCAAGCAAGCGCCAAGUCACUGCUAUUCGGGGUUACGGUGGGUGGCGGAACUACGGGGUGGCUAAGAGCCACAGUUGGUUGCGGGAUGUCGUCCUGAGCACAUUACGCGUAUUCAACCUCCACCACGCGACCUCGUGAUCCUCCCCCCCUCCCUCGAUGAGUUUGCGUGAACCAUAUAUAAAAAAAAAAGGUAAUUAAAUCUUGAUCAUCCAGCGCUUCCGGCAAAGUGAACGACGAAACAGUGCGUGAACUUCUUCCUUAUCUUUCCUCUUUCUCUUCUCCUUCGGUGAAAUUUCCUGGUGAAAAGUGCAUCAUAAUUUUACCGAAAAAUUCUGUAAUUUUGAAACAUCAGUUGCUACAGGAAUUCUGGAUCAAUGAAUAAAUUCAAGGAUAUCUGUAAAUUUGUAUUAUUUUUGAAAAAAGGAUCAAACAUUUCGUAAGAUCGUCGAGUGGUAGAAAAGACGGGGACGAAAUUGAAUCGCGACCGAUCUCCGUAUUUAGAUUUGGACGAAACGGAGCUGCAACGAAAUAGCAGGAUCUUAAAUGUCAAACGGGGCUGGCGAGAGCCGCGGGAGCUUUCAAUUAAAAUUUUAUCGGUCCGAGGGGUGGAUUCGAGGCGAAACUGCAGCCGACCAGGCCGCUCCAUAAAGUGUAAUCCCGGCCGUUAAACACAGCUACCGUGGCGAGGAUCAUCUCAUAAUUGAGACAAGGAUCGAGGAGAAAUCGCGUUCAUUGCCUUAUUAUAAUCUACGAAUCUCUGGUGUUCGCCAUGGGGAAAGAAUGAACGGGUCGGCUGGUGAAUCUCGUGAAGUUCGAGAAAAUCCAUCGAAUGAAAAGGACACAGGGAAGCUUUUUACCGGAAUCGAUAAAGGGUUUCGUAGAUGCUUCCUUCAGAAAUACGAAACGCUGAAGAUAUUAUGAAAGGACCAGGCUGAAAUAUCUCGUUUUUCAACUGGAAGAAUUACAUGGAAUAUGCGGGACACCAUUGAAACGGUACGGUGGAUCGGGUUUAAAUUCUGAACGGAAUAGAACAGAAUUCCUAGGCCUCUUCCGUUCUGGUUUGCGUUCUGGAAACUUUCAAUUGGAACGUUGUCGCGCGAACGAGGAAACUUUGGUAUCUGAAAUUUCCGGUCUCCGGUUCAUUUUUCGAGUGAAACGCUUCAGAAAAACAGACGAAAGUUUCUCCGUAAAUAUUUCAGAAAAUCCUUCGUCUUUGAUUACGAUCCCACGAGCAAUUUCGUAGUACACGAAAACGUACUCUUAGUCUGACAAUAUAUAUAUAUCCUUGUCGAUUGACACGUGGCUGUUUAGAGGAGGAACAGCUUGGAAAUCGUGAAAAGACCCUCGAGACGAGGCUCGAGGAUCGAAUGUUGGCUCUGAUCGACGAGGGGAUCCAGGACCGUUCGAGAAUGCCAAUCUGGUCGUUGAAGUUGUUGCGGGAAAGCAAGAGGUGUAAUCCGUUUAAAAGAGUCUCCAGGUGAGUCUCUUCGAAUUGUUACCCUCGACAGGUUCAAAGAAAAAGGAACAUUCGAAACAGUAUUCUUUUUCGGUCAGUAUUUUCAUCGUUUUUUGCGAACCCGAGUUUAAAAAAAAAAAGAAAAAAAUUGCCAGCGGUUAAAGAAAGCGACGAAGUAUGCAACGAGAAUUAAUCGUUCCUUAGGGAACACGCUCGAAAGACAAGCGAAGGAAGCUCGGAUAACGAGGAGCUUGCAAGAGGGAAGAGAAGUUCAGCCAGUGGAUAAUAAAAAGUACUCCAAGAUUUCGAGAUCGUCCAGAAGGAAAAGAAGAACGCUUCGGAUGUUCAAAAUCCUGCGAUAGACACAAGAUAUCAUCAAUCGAGAAGAAGCUGUUCUUUUCCUUACCUUGAGCCAUAAGGAACGUCCAUUGAGAAUAGAAGUGGUUCUUCAACUUCUAAGUCGAAAGUUGGAAGUACCAUUAGGUAGAUUACGUGGUAUUAAUUCAAAGUACAAAAAGAGAAUUCAUCUCCAUCCUUUCUCGUCAUGGGCAGGGCAAGUAGGAUCCUGAAGUUUUCUUUAAAUAACAAAUAAUAAUAAAAGAUUAAAGUAAUGGGGCACUUGGACCUCAAAUCAUCCAGUUAAUUUAAAUUAAUUACUCCUCGAACAUUUCUGACAGACCUGAAGCUGCUCUUCCAAAAGCUGUCCAAGGAAUAGAUAAACAGCACUGAAAGAUGUAUGAUAAGUUUGAGAUAAGAUCAUCAAAGAUCAUCAAAAUCAAAAAUAACCUUUUCUUCGUCCUCGUUACAAAUAUUCAAAAUAAAAUCACGAAGUGUUAAAAAUUGCGAGUGUCAUAGAAACCAAAGAUUAUCCACUGAUCGAUUAAAAAUGUCUUAAACCUUCUUCUCAUUUUCAUAAAAAUGGUCCACUAACAAGAUGAUAAGUGUUAAAAAAUAGUGGGUGUUGACUCAUGAAAAUCAGUGUUGUUUUUUUUUUUAAAUUGCGGUGCUUUUCGUGGCGAUAAUAGACAAGAUUAAAAGUGUACCGUGUGGCCGCGUUGGUAGACUUGAGACGACCAUGGACAAAAAGGACAAUCGGUCGGUCGUUCGACAGUUGAACGGAAGCUGGUCUCGCUGGAACAGCAAGACAACCUCGGGAUGCUGCACGCUGCCAUGCUAGGUAGCGGUCCGGGUCGAGGGAGACACGAAUGGUAUCCGGGAUUUUAUCUGCAACGUAGACGAAUUGGAUGCAGGAUGAACCGUGGUGAACAGGAAACAUUAUUCAGGCAGAGCCGCCAGUUGACGAGGAUCGUCCCGUCUCACGAGGACCUGGUGCUGAGCGUGCUUAAAUCGCCCAUCAGCCAACAUCAGCAGCAACGACAACCGUAUCAUUCCAGUUAUCACUGUCAAGAGCAUCAUGUUAACUGCCAAGGUCAUCAAAAUCAUAAGAAGUGUACUCAUACAGCCCAAGACAAGCCGGCAAUAUCCUGGAAAUGCCCAGGUGAGAACAACGACAGUCUUCCACGAAGCAAGGACCAAUGCUCUAGGCUCACGGAGAAACGAUCGAGUGCCGCGGCCGCUUACGCUGCUCUUCAGGGCAGCGAGGACGAGCUGGUGGCCGAGCAGGGCCUCGAGUCAGAGGACACGGCCCUGAAGACGCCUGGUAGCGAAACGGAGGACACCGAGGACAACGGCGGUCAAAUGGACGAAACAUCCUCGCCCGGGCGUCGUUUCACCUUCCUCAGGCGUUUCCGGUCGCCGCGAUUCGGCGAGGCACACCACAAGAGGGUGCCCACGCCGAUGAAGAGGAAGUACCGUAGGAAAAAGAGCAAAGACGAUAUUAUGAACAGUGAUAUGAAUGCCACUGAAGUUGAACCGCCUAGUUUGAACCAAGCCGGUGUGCCUGAUCCUUACUAUCCUAUCUAUCUGCCCAUCGAUCAGGCAUUCAAGGCUAAAUACGUGUUCCAUCAUAAGAAAGGCAAGACGUUCCAGGAGAGGCUGUACGUGUUCCUCGAGCACCCUGGUGGAUGGAUCUGCUUCAUCUAUCACUUCACUGUGUUCAUGGUGGUAUUGGUGUGCCUCAUAUUUAGUGUUUUGUCAACGAUAGACCAGUACAGUAACUUCGCGAACGAAACUCUCUUUUGGAUGGAAAUAUGUCUGGUGGUAUUUUUCGGUGUGGAAUACAUGGUCCGACUAUGGAGCGCGGGCUGCAGGUCAAAGUAUAUGGGUUGCUGCGGCAGGCUGCGGUUCAUACGAAAACCGAUUUGUAUCAUAGAUUUAAUCGUGGUAGUGGCGUCUAUGGUGGUGUUGUCGGUAGGGAGCAACGGCCAGGUGUUCGCUACUUCCGCCAUAAGAGGCAUCCGAUUUUUGCAAAUACUGCGAAUGCUUCACGUCGACCGGCAAGGCGGCACGUGGAGACUUCUUGGUUCUGUCGUUUUUAUUCAUCGUCAGGAGCUGAUCACGACGUUGUACAUCGGGUUCCUAGGUCUUAUUUUCAGCAGCUACUUUGUGUAUCUGGCCGAAAAAGAUGCUGUUGGGCCCGAUGGAAAAACAGACUUUUCCAGCUACGCCGACGCGCUAUGGUGGGGAGUGAUUACCGUGACCACCAUUGGCUACGGUGACACUGUCCCACAAACGUGGAUGGGAAAGAUAGUUGCUUCGUGUUUCAGCGUGUUCGCUAUAUCCUUUUUCGCACUUCCAGCCGGCAUACUGGGCUCCGGUUUCGCAUUGAAGGUCCAGCAAAAACAACGACAAAAGCACUUCAAUCGGCAGAUACCGGCUGCCGCAAUGUUGAUACAAUGUUUAUGGAGGUGUUACGCUGCCGACAAAGCCAUCAACAGCGUGGCCACCUGGAAUAUUUAUAUAAAAGAUCCAGCACCAGCCGGACAGCCGUCCACACCAUUGGGAAAGUUGAUUUGUGUAAAGAAGAUGUCUCUGAUGAUCCAGGUGGCAAAGAAGGCGAGCGUACUGAAGAGGCGGAAAUCGAGGAACCGGAUGGAUGUUCAGCAACAACAACAAUCGUUGCCACCGGUCACGAUAUCCGGUGGCGUGUCCAGCGCUGCUGCCGGCGAUGCUUCUGGUCAAAACGACAACCAGAGAAUGGAGAACGAGGGUGACGUUAUCUUCUACAUGGAGGAGCCGAAAGCUGGUACACCGAAUCGUGCCAGACGCGACAACCGUGUGUUUCCGGUCGGCAGGGGAAGCCUCUUCACCUCGCAGACGAGUUCCGUCACGGAAGCGACCAGUGACGAGAUCGACAUUGAUAUCGAGGAGCCUCAAAGGGUCACCACGCUAACCGAGGCACAUCGAAACGCCAUCAGAGCGAUCAGAAAGAUUAAAUACUUCGUGGCGAGGAGGAAAUUCCAACAAGCGCGAAAACCAUACGAUGUACGAGACGUGAUCGAGCAAUACAGCCAGGGUCAUCUGAACAUGAUGGUGCGAAUUAAGGAAUUACAAAGGAGGUUGGAUCAGACCCUGGGUAAACCAGGUAGUUAUUUGGCAGGAAUCGACCGAGCAGGCAACGUGAAGCCAAUGACGAUAGGCGCACGCUUGUACAGGGUUGAACAACAGUUGUCCGUGAUGGAUAAGAAAUUGGACCAGCUGGUGUACGUGCUGAACGCUGUGGCACAAAAGCAACAAAUACCCCUGAGGAGUAUAGAGGACGACGUGUAACAGAAAGCCCCCGGCGAGCUCGUGCCAUCUGUUUCACGAUCAUUGGCAAUACCGUGGACUUUGCCUCGUGUUACCAUAACCAACCUUGUCCCGGGCAUGUUCAGCGAAAGUGGUUGAAUCGAGAUCGUUUUUCGAUAUCAACGACAGAGGAGGAUUUCACUGAUCGAUCAAACCUUCGCUCGGCAGGCUGAGGUGAAAAUGACGAUCAAAGGAAACUGGAUGCAGCAACGAUCCUUCUUUUCUCUCUUUCUCGAGGCGCAACGGUUUAUUAAUUUAGAAACGAAGAUUUCUUAAGUGGAUCAAAAGCGGCGAGGAGGGUAAGUGAAUGAUAGAGGUUGUUUAAAAGAUGUACAGAAUAAGACGAAGGUACGAUUAUAAUUAUUUUAUUUAAUUGAGAAACGGGUGAGAAAGUAAAUUAAAGGGUUCAAGUGGAUCAUUAUCUAAUUUAAUUGACGAAAAAAGAUGUUGAAGAAUGGUUGAAAGAUGAAUGUUUUGAGAUAGAUGAAGAUAAGAAUCUUAAUUCAAGUUUGCAAUAAUAUAUAAUUUGAUCCAAUUUUUACUAUCGAAGAAUGAUUAAUUGUUUGAAAUGUUCCUUGACGAUUUUGCAAAUUGAAUUUUGGAAUUGGAUAAAUUUUGUACUCAUUCGAGAUGACGAAAAUAGAUGAAAAUUUGAAAAGUGUUUCUUCCCCAAACUUUGUAAUUCUAUGAUUGAAGAUCUCGAAGUUUCAAUAAAAAUUGCAUGAAAGCAAAGAACAAGAUAGAUGGUUCAGUGCCUCGAGCAAUCGUCGAUUUAAUUCGUCUUCUCAAGAUGAAUCGAAACAUUUCGUAGUUGAGUAACGAAGAAUGAUGAUGAAACUGACAAAGGGAUAAGUGUGUGGCAGAAAUUCAAUUUCAUUCGAUCCAAAAACAAACUUGAAGAAAAUUGGUCAAAUUCAAAGAACAGAACUUCAAAGUUCAAUAUUGGAAGAUGUAAUCAAUUUUUUAAUUGAAAGCUAUUAGAAACUUGAAAUAUGGAAUAAGUUUCGUUCCAAAAGUCAUCAGAUUUGUAGAAAGAAAAUUAAUAAUAGAAGUUUUGAUGAUUGUUGCACCUCGUCGAAAGAAGAAGAUCCAACUUCCACUCUUCGAGUCCUCUACCAUCCAGUCCAAAGGAACUGGACAAAUUUUUCUGGAAAAAUAAAAUAAAAUGAAACGCUUCGAUACUUCCGCUACGUAGGAUCCUCGAAACCUCUGUUUCACAAAUUUAAAAAAUAAAAAAACGAUCACGCUAAACGCACAGGAACGAUUUUUUCUCUUGGAAGGAAGAACGAUCGUUUGAAAUAUUGCGACGAUUAAAGGAAUCGUAUCUGGAAAUAAAAAUACAGAUAGAUUCUCGUUGUUCUGAACAUAUCGGUAAAGGUAGUACGCUUUUCGUGUUUCAAGUAUAUCGUAACCGGAAGCCCGGCUUGAACGAUGAAAAAAGGAAGGACUGAUCGGCUGAACGGACAAUUGUGUACACGUAGAAAACGUAGGAUCGGUAGACUGAGAAAUGGGUCUAGAAUUGUUUCAAGAACAGAUUCAUUUAGGAUGGUAAAUAUAUUGGAUGCAAACGUCUUGGGAACAUCACUUGGGCCAACUAGGAAUUAAUAGAGAGGAACAAUAAGCAAAUAAAUAAAUUAAUUAAAAAAAAAAAAAA